AAUCCAAGGAUUUAUAAAAAUGAUAUAAUGAAUUAUUAGCAUUUGCGAUAAAAUAAAUUAACAAUAGACAAUAAACACAUUUAUUGAAUGAUGAAGUAAAUCAGUAAAACAAAAAUAUCCUCGUGUCUCUGAUAUUCAGGUAAUUAUUGUAGCAUCAAGUAGAUGUCAAAUAUAUUUUAAGACAUGCGAUUAAUAUUUUAAUCUAAUCUAAUAGAACCGGUGAUACGAUAGAGACAAUAAUUUCUAUUAAUAUUUUAAAGAACGUAAGAAUUCGUUAGAGAUUAACCUCGUAAAAAAGCGUGAAAGGAUUAAACAUGGAAGGGGUAAAAAGAGAAAGAAACGAAAGGAAAAAUCUCGUCAAGGAUAUUCCAUGGGAAGAUAUUAAAGUCACUUUUGAAAUGAGAAAAUAUUGCAUACACAUCAUUGCAAGUUUCAUGCUAAUAAUCUUAAAAGCACUAUAAUUGAGGGUGUGCCCUGAAUUAUUACCUUCGUGUACAUGCAUUGCUGUUAACACAAUUAUACUGUCCUUGCAAAUGCAUAUGAUAUGUGUGUACUUGCAUUAACAUGAAUAACGCGAUGACUAUACGGAUAAGGACACGCAUGUGCGUCCGACAUGAUUUGAAUAAUGAAUCGAAUAACGACAGAAGUCUCAGGUCAACGCACCAACUAUUAAACUUCUUAUUUCAUGAUUAUUCUCGAUGUAAAACACAUCGUUCGAUAUACUCGAGCAACCGUAUCGAUUGACUAUCGUAUAGAUUUAUAAUCUCAUAUAUGUAACACUUGAUGUUUCACUUUGAAUUAUGAAACAAUGUAUUAGAUCAUACGAUCGUUGGUGUCGAAAAAACAUCCGUUUUCUAUAGACGCGUUUUGUAUUUCAAUAUUGAUUGUGAUGAAUCGUUUUAAAUAGUAAUCGAAUGAAAGAGCUUAAUCAGAAUAUUGAAGAUAUGGAAAGCAGAAUUACCUUUGAGAUUAAUAAUGUAAAAGCAGCGGCAAUGAAAAUGCAGCCAAAAGUACUCGUGCAACGAGAAUUCUAAAUAUAAAAUUCACUAACGUUGGCAAUGUGGGAACUAAUACGAAGGCAAUCAGUACUUGUUCGAAAUUCGCACGCUUACGAGUUGUUCACUAAUAGCAUUUACCAUUAUCGAUACCAUUUAACAUUAUCGAUUCAAUACUAGUUUAAAAUCGAAGAUUAAACGACAUUAUAAUACACUGUAAAACAUGUGUAUGAUCGAACCUAACAAGGAUAAAAUCAGUAUAAGGACGCAGGGAAUAAUGAAAUCCCCGCGUAAAUUUGCAGGAGUUGUGAUAGCGAUGUGUGGUUUACCAGGUCGUGGAAAAAGCCAAGUGGCUCAAUGUCUUUCGCGCAGACUCAACUGGAAUGGCGAUUCCACUAAAAUAAUGAGCGUCAGCGACUAUCGGAGAAAAAGAUUGGAACCAUACGGUGAAGCGGUGUCGCACGAGCUAUUUCGUCCUGAUCACACAGCGAAUACAGCAUUAAGAGCAUUGGCCCAACGAGAUGCGAUGCAUGAUUGUGCCGCGUGGCUCACAGCCGGGAAUUCCGUAGCUAUCCUGGACGCCACAUUAAUAACACGAGCGCAGCGCGCCGAGGUCUUCGACUAUUUUUCUGGACAACUUGGUUAUCGUGUCCUUUUCAUCGAGUGCAUCUGCGACGAUCCGGUCGUUCUGGAAAGAAAUUAUAAAGAUAUAUUACGAUACAGCGCCGACUAUGCUGGCAUGGAUCCGGUACGAGCUGAGGAGGAUUUACGCCUCAAGAUAACUCAUUAUAUUAGAUCUUACGAGCCGAUGGACGAGAAGACGUAUCCUCGAAUCCGUAUCGAUACUGGCAGCAUGGACAUCGAGACUUGCAAAGUGUCGGGCCAUGUGGAGUCAAGCGUACUUGGAUUUCUUGGAAGUGUCACGGUCAAACCGCAUACUCUUUAUUUCUCUCGGCACGGUGAAAGCGAGUUCAACGUAUUGGGUAAGGUCGGUGGCGAUGCGGUAUUAAGCACGCGUGGCGAAAGAUACGCGCAAGCAUUGGCUACAAAAUUCAAUGCUAUGCGAAUUCCUGAUCUGCGUGUAUUGACCAGUCGUCUUCGAAGGACUAUCGCGACUGCACGUGGGGUAGAGGCACCUCAAGAACACGUAGCGGCACUUAAUGAGCUCCAUGCUGGUAUCUGUGAAGGUCUUUCUUAUGAAGAGAUGCAAGAGCAUUAUCCGCAGGAAUUUGCAUGGCGCGAUCAGGACAAGCUGCGUUAUCGUUAUCCAUGGGGAGAAAGUUACAUAGAUGCGAUGCAACGCGUAGAACCGGUAAUUGCUGAAUUGCAAAGAUCUGACAACGUCUUAGUGGUAUCCCAUCAAGCUAUACUGCGUUGCAUUAUCGGUUUCUUCAUGGAUAAGAAACCAGAGGAGCUGCCUUACAUGGAAGUACCAUUGCAUACUAUCAUCCGAGUUAGCAGCCAAGGUUAUAAUUACACGCUCGAAUUUUUCAAGCUGCCGAUCGAGUGUGUGAACACUACCCGUGUCAAGCCGAAUAAUUGCAGCGCUGAUAGAAGCGCGGAUGAUGCUCUGAUAACAGUCCCACCGCAUUUCGAUAUACCGGAUCCCUGGAGAAAUCCUGGCAGUGGACCUACUCUCGUCCAGCAACACUGAGAAACCGCACGACGAUCCACGAUCUCGUCGAAAAUUCGAUCUCUGUUCGGUUGCAAUUUCAGAUUUUAAUACUGAUAUUUUGAAAUUUUGAUUAAAUUUAGAUAGAAUGGGGAUUAAAAUUGAAAUAUACGAAAAAAUUAAUUGAAAAUAAUUUUAGAAUGUACGUAGAUCGUUUUAAGAUAUCUUAUCGUUUUAAUUUAAAUUAAUCCAGUAAAGUCAAUUGAUAUAUUUGCCGAUAUCGUGGAGUAAAAAAAAAAAAAGGAAAAAAGAAAGAAAAGAAAAAAAGAAAAAAAAGAAAACAGGAUCGAAUAAUUCUCCAAUAAUUUAAUAUUAAUUCUAUUCAGAAUGAUGAUUUCGGUUUUCGAUUAUCCAGUUUUGUUGACGAGAAAUUCUUUGACACUCAAUUUUUCUUCGAGAAUUUUGUUCUCAUUGGCAGCAAUUCUAUAUCCUGCUGCGGAGCCCUCUAUAUACAUUUAGUUUUAUUAGGAAUUAUAUAUCUAAACAAUAUUGUAUUAGUUAUAUAUCGUAGGAAGUAGAUUAUACGACAAAUAUUUUAAUUGUACAUUUAAAUGUGAAAAGGCAGAUAAGAUUGAAUUGUAGGGGAUGCGAAGCACGGUCUCUCGUAUCAUCUCGUAUUUUAAUUUCAGAAUAAAUAUUAGUGCAACGAAUAUAGGAAAGAUAUUUCAUAUUUUCAUACUAUUUAGAUCAUAGAAUUUAAGCUUAUGACAUUUUCUUAGUUCCUAAAAUGAUCAUUUUAUAUUUCGAAAUUUCAAUGACGUAAGAAUUUCUAAUAGACAAUUGAAACUAUAGCAUAUAUGAAAUUUAAUUAUUAAUUAAAUUAACGAUAUCUUUAUUAACAAAUAAAUGACAAAUAUUUUGUUCGUAGAUUAGAAAAAUAAUAGGUAAACAUGAAUUUUUACGCACAUUAGGAUAAUUGUUAAUAGCGUAUUGUCUUUUAAAAAAGUAUUUUUCACUGUGAGAACGCGAGAAACAGUCGACAAUUGCUUUAUACGAGAGGCGCGUUUUUUCGUCGAUUGCUGCGUUUCGGUUAGGAUUGUAUAUUAGUAAAUGUAUAUUAGUAAACCGCAUAAAUGAGCAUAAUAUUUCAUUAGGCAUCACGUGGAAAUCUUCGAGCAUUUGCUGUAAAACAUCCUCGAGGAUUCACGAAUGCAGAAUGUGAAUUAGAAUGAAAAAGAAAGAAGCUGUACGGGUCUAUUUAUUACGAAACGAUAAGAGAGACAAGAAAAGAAAAUGGGGAAAUUAUUUUUUUAUAAAAAUUAAAAAAAUGUUUUUACCCCGAACAGAAAUUGUUUCUCUUUGAUUUUCACAAAAUAAAUAAAAAAAAUCAUCUAGUCUAUUCAUUGGCGAACAUUUUGACAUUUAUUUUUAUUUUCUAUUUUUCUGAGAGACGAAAUGGAAGAUUAUGGAGCAUUUAGGUGUUUAGAUCGUAUUGUAGAUAUCUUUAAAAUUUCUUGUUUUAUUCCCUUUCUUUCUUUUUUUUUUUUUAAUUAUACAUUAUAAAUAAACGUUUUUUUACAAAAA